CCUACUUGCAUCACGAAGAACAAUCUUGUACAAACAAGAAUGUUAACUGUGUUGGAUAUAUAUUAAUAAAUAAAUCUACGUGCAUGUAAAAUCUAGUACAGAAAAUCUACUAACUAAACGUGCCGCUGAUUUUAUUAAUAUUCAGGGGCAUUAGAUGGGUUUUAUUGUUGAAUAUUUAAUUGGACAUAAAUUUAGACACCUGUAUUUGUUUAUAAAUACACACGUGUUUACACUCAACGUUGUUAAACUACUCAACCGAGCAACGUGUGUAACGGUUUGUGAUCAUCGUAUUUGUUUAUGCUCCUCAGCAAAUAGAAUAUAACGUCACAUCACCGGAUAGUAACAACCAUGACAAUAAUGUCGAUGCCAUUAAAUAACGAAACCCUUGUAGCCUUGCUGGUUGGUUCUGUGGUGAAGUUUCUUGGCCUUGGCAUUAUUUCGUCUCGGAAGAGGAAGGAAUUGGUUGGUCACGUUUCACGUCUGUACGUUUUCCCGCUGAAAUCUGCGCGUGAGCUGCCGGGCGAGACCCAUGAGGUGGAGCUCACUGAAUAUGGCAUCGUGUACCGGGGAGCUGGGGACAGACACUGGUUGGUGACGAGGAAUGGUGACAUGAUGACGAUGAAGCAAAGCGCCCGGCUCACCCUGAUCAAUACAAGCCUUGAGGCGGACUUCCUGUGCCUGGAUGCUCAGGGUAUGGACACGCUCAGGCUAUCGCUCCAACCGGAAGUGGAUCCAAAACGAGUCUCAAACGUAACGGUGAAGGAGACGCCUCUUCCGGCGCUUGAUCUGGGAGACAAGGCGGCGGCCUGGGUGAGCGCUGUGCUGAGGAUGGAUGGGUUGCGGCUGCACCACGCCGCCCCAGGUCUUCAGCGCCGCCUGUCAUGCAAGGUCCAGAAAGCCUGGCCUACACAGAUCGCAGACACGGACGAGGUAGCUUUUCAGGAUUUCGGACAUUGCAUGAUAAUGACGGAGUCAUCGCUUGAUGAGUUGAACGACCGCCUUCCGGAGCAAAUGUCCGCCAUCCCCUUCCGGCCUAAUGUCAUAGUGGAUGGUAGCCGUCCUUUCGAUGAAGACAACUGGAAGGAAGUACACUUCGGCGAAUCAGCGGCCGUAAGAUACGUUGACAAGUGUACAAGGUGUUUGAUAACAACUAUACACCACGAGACUGCAGAAAAGUACAAAGAUGAUCAACCUCUCACGGAACUGAAAAAGUACCGAUGUAUGCCCCCGUACGGUCCAAAGCCAUGCAUGGGCAUUCACACGGUUGUAUUGAAACCCGGCCACAUCCGCCUCGGUGACCCCGUCUACGUGCUUCGGAGGUAGCGACAUGGGGAUGCAUGAUGACGGAAUUAUGAUCUGGAGCGUAUAGAACUGAUUUAUAAUGUUAGAUUUUGUUAAUUAUCGUACCGACGCAGACAGACCGAUGCAGUCAGAGCUUGGACAUACAGCAGGGAUACCGCAGCCCGUUUCAUCGUUGUACCGAAGCAGAGAGAGCUAGAACACAGGGGCCCGAUCCAAUGAAGAUCUUUGGCGAUCUUUGUCGUAAUAUGGAAGUGUCUUAGUGUGAUUUUUUCAUCAUUGUUCUGCAUAUUUGUGUGACUAUUGGGCCAGUAUCAAAGAACACGAAAUUAACAACAUACAAUAAAUGAAUGAUUCAAUUUGUGGCGUUUAUACAGUGAUUUAUUGAGUAUUUAAGCUACGGCUAAUAUUGUAACACAUGAAGUGUUUCGAUUGUACAGAUACUAUUUAUUGAAGUCUGUGUUAGGUUGUAAAUGUUGUCUAGUAUAUAUCAGACACUUUUACUGUAUUAACCAAAAGUCUAACUAGAACAACGGCGGAACACUUUUUACAUGUAAUACUGGUUUCCGCACUGUC